AUGUUAGUUUCGUCCCUCAGCAGGCGCGUGAGCUCCGUGCGGUCGAGGAUUUUCUUUUCUACCUCGUCUGUAAUCUUGGCAAUCGGACAGAAAUCUAUCAAGAAGUAUCCAGACACUUUGACCGUCGGAGACAAGACAUACACCACAGAUGAAUGGACAAAUAUACCUCCCUUUAUACUUGAAUUGACCAAAAGACAACUCCACCAAAAUGAAAACCACCCCAUUGGAAUCUUAAAGGAUUUAAUCGAGAAAAACUUCUCGUCGAUGGGCUACACAUUCUACAAUGAUUUCAAGCCCAAUGUGACCACUUAUGAAAACUUCGACAUCUUGGGAUUUCCAAAGGAUCACCCAGGCAGAUCCAAAUCUGACACAUACUACUUGAAUAAGGACAAUUUGCUAAGAACACACACAUCUGCUCACGAACAUGAAUGUUUCCAGAAGACCAAGCUGCCUGGAUACUUCAUAACUGCAGACGUCUACAGAAAGGAUGAAAUAGACAGAACCCACUAUCCUGCAUUCCACCAAAUGGAAGGUGCUCGUUUAUGGACCCUUGGCGAAGGAGUUGAAGAAGAAAUCAUGGCAAGUACCGCUGCGAUCCCCAGCACCAACAUCAUAGUGGAGGAUCCACACCGUGAGAAGCCAAUCUCCGCCGCCAACCCCAAACAGGACUACAUGACUGAAAGGCAAGCACAACUCAUCGCUGUGGAUUUGAAGAAAACUAUCGAGUAUCUAGUGCAUACUGUGUUCGAAUCAGCCAGAGAAUGCGCCAAAUUGAGUGGAGCCACGGACCCUUACUUGGACGAACCGCUCAAAGUGAGAUGGAACGAAGACUGUUUCCCAUGGACAACACCUUCGUGGGAAAUUGAAGUGUGGUGGAAGGGUGAAUGGCUCGAGUGCUGUGGGUGUGGUAUUGUGAAGCAACCCAUUUUACUUAACGCUGGACUUUCUGACAAGAAAUUAGGGUGGGCGUUUGGGGUGGGUCUUGAUAGAAUUGCCAUGUUGUUGUUUGGUAUCCCAGAUAUCAGGCUCUUCUGGACACAGGACGAAAGAUUUUCGAAUCAAUUCACCAAGGGGACCAUUUCGACAUUCAGGCCAUACUCGAAGUAUCCAGGUAUCAAGAGAGACGUAGCCUUUUGGAUCCCCAAGGAAAUCGAGGCAGUCCAUGUCAACGAAGUGAUGGAGAUCGUCAGAACUUAUGGGGGAGACUUAAUCGAGAACGUUACUUGUAUUGACGAGUUUAUUCACCCAAAGACAGGAAGAAAAUCACAGUGCUACAGAAUCAACUACCAGUCGAUGGAUAGGAACUUGACCAACGAAGAAAUCAACGAGAUUCAGCAAAAGGUUGAAGGAGAUUUAAUUGACUACUUUGGAAUUGAGAUAAGAUAG